CCUGUGCCGUAAUCCAGUAAUUCGACGCUUCUCUUUCCUCGUCGGUCUAGCUAUUUAAAAACUACCCUCCUUUGAAGUAGUAGGAGGGGGUGAUACCCGAACAUUAAUAUCCAGUUGUGAAAAAGUUUUGAAUCAGUAUUUCUCACGAGUUUGAAAGUGUUGGAACUUGGAUAGUUGAAGAAAGUUUACGUGGUGUUUUAUAUAAACUGUUUUGUGAGUGUGGACUAAAUGCAUCUGCCGAACAGCAACACAGCUAUAAUGGAUAUGUACAAUUCUGUACAGGAAACUCUUCAGGAGUACCACGGGGAGCUGGUCCAAACUGGCAGCCCUGCUAUCUUAUGCAGUAUCUUGCCAGUCCACUGGCGGUCCAACAAAAGUUUGCCUAUCGCCUUCAAGGUUGUAGCUCUGGACGACGUACCAGAUGGGACUGUGGUCACCCUCAAGGCUGGUAAUGACGAAAAUUACUGUGCGGAACUCCGAAAUUGCACAUCGGUCAUGAGAGGUCAAGUAGCGAAAUUUAACGACCUCCGCUUCGUUGGGAGAUCAGGAAGAGGAAAAAGCUUCACUCUCACCAUUACCAUCGGAUCUUUGCCCUAUCACCAAAUGGCGACUUACAACAAGGCCAUCAAAGUAACCGUGGACGGCCCGAGGGAGCCACGAACGAAAUCUAAUUACCAAUAUGGAUAUGGGUUGCCAGGACUCCCGGGUGGCUUCAACCCCUUCCUUCUCCACCAAGGGUGGCUGGAUACAGCAUACUUGACUUAUGCCCUGCCCGAUUACCUCAGGAGAACGACAAAUCUUCAGCAUCAACAACCUAAUGUACAUCAACCCCUAGUGAAAGGUCCUCCAUUAGCUUCCAGUCUCCCGCCACCCCAUGACUUCUACGCCCAACCCCAACCCACCCUCCCAGCUAGUUUUCAUCAUGGGCCAAACUAUGUACCGGCAACAAUACCGCCGUUUCCUCAAGACCUCACCAAACUGCCUGGUUUCGACAUGCACCUACGGCACGCAAUGACUAACCCUUUGGACCAGCUCAGUAUGAGGAUAUCCCCCGUUUCGAAUAGUCAGAGCAGUAGUCCUCAGCUUUCCGUUAAUGCUCAAGAAACCAGGAUACACUCUACCAUGGACCAAAGUUCUGGGUCUGCUUCUGAAGAUUCUGAAGAAGAUAUUGACGUUGUUAAAUCCGCGUUUUUACCCAUCAAGCCCGCUAGUGUUCUUUUGCAAGAGAUCCAGCAUCCCGACUCCACCGUGCAGGACAAGGAGCCCGCCAAAAGUGAACAAAAAUCGCUUAUUUCUAGGACCGUUAAGCCUAUUUGCUCGAAUUCGAACUCUUUGAAUACCAAACUCAAAUCAUCCGCGACAGUUGGUGCAAUCAAGGCUGUUUGGAGGCCGUAUUAGUAGUUUUUUAUUCCAAUGAUGCAAUAUUGUAUAGAUCUUUAUUUAUUAUUUGUAUAUAGUGUACAUAAGAAAUGUGUUAGAUAUUUUACAGAAUUUAACAAAAAUUAAUAAUGUACUGCAAAUGUGAUAGCAUCAGAUGUAACUGAUAGAAAUAUAGGUAUUUUUAUA